UUCACAUCCCCAUCCUGGUAAUCAACACGCAACCAACUCAACCACACACCUCUUCUCUAAUUAACUCCAUAUUUCAAUCCCAUGUUCUCUCUGUCUCUCGACCUUCCUCUUCCCCGAGCUAGUUCUGGUAGUACUGAUUUUGAUAAACCUGUUUGUUCAGAUAGUCUCUGUACGUGUAGAAGCCAUAGUUGGUAUCUUUCUACGGCCUCUUCCUGAUCUUUCUCUGAAAACCCUAUAUGUAUAUAUCGUAGACGCCAUAGUUCUCCUCUUUCUCUGCAUGUAAAAACCAAGAAUUGUCGUGGAAACACAGAGAAAGAAUCCAACAUGAAAGAAGAGCAUAAACAGUACCAUAAAAGACUCAUGACCGUGGCCUUAAGACUAGUCAAACCCACGGCGUACUUUAUGCUCCUCUUGCUAGCGUAUACCCUGGGUUACCUAUCUUCCCCUUCCUCUUCAUCUUACCCCAGGUCUCCUGUUCCCUCCUCCCCAACCCCCUUCAUCAAUGAACUCAUCAACUUACCCUCCCAGCUCGACCAGUUCCGAGUCAAGGCUCACUGUGCUGUCCCGCUCCCCUCCGAACGCGUCCGGCAAACCAUUCUUGACCGAGUUUUCAACGGGACCUCUCCAUUCGACGGCUUCCCCCCAACGUAUGUUAGGCCGCUUCUCCAACGCCAGAGAAUUCGAGGGUGGGGCUCCAAUGGCGCCGUUUUCGAGCACUUAAUCCAGAAGGUUAGGCCCCGGACCAUCAUCGAAGUGGGCACAUUUCUAGGCGCGUCGGCGAUACACAUGCACGGGUUGACUCGCAAACUCGGUCUCGAAGCCCAGAUCCUUUGUCUCGACGAUUUCCGGGGCUGGCCCGGGUUCCGGGACCGGUUCAAGGACAUCAAAAUGAUAAACGGCGACGUUUCGCUGAUGUACCAGUUCAUGCAGAACCUGUUCUCCGUCAACGCGACCGACUCGGUUUUGCCGGUACCGUUCUCGACCGGGUCGGCCCUGGAAAAGCUUUGCGAGUUGGGUGUUUACGGCGAUUUGAUCGAGGUGGAUGCAGGUCACGAUUUCCUGUCGGCGUGGUCCGAUAUAAAUCGGGCGUACCGGCUUUUAAGACCCGGUGGAGUAAUUUUCGGACACGAUUAUUUUACAGCAACCGAUAACAAAGGAGUUAGGAGGGCAGUGAAUUUAUUUGCCCGUAUUCACGGCCUCAAAAUUAAACUAGAUGGCCAACAUUGGGUCAUCGAUUCUACUUAAUUACCUCAGCACCCCUCAACUCAUGCUGCUUCCAAUUCUUAAGAAUGUCGGCGGCUUGAGUAAGAGAUAAUAGAUAUAUACGUUGUAUUGGAUAGCAUUUAUAUGACGUCCAUACUGUUUUAAUUUUUGUCUGAACUAUAAAUGUUUACAAUACGAUAAAGAUAUCCACCACGACUCGUUUGGUUA